AUGCUGCUGUUGCGGGAGAGGAACGGUGUUCAAUGGGUCGAUGGGUUUCCGGAGCCUCCGAUCCCCGCGGAGCCCGUACCAGAGGAGGAGGAGGCUGCCGAUGAGGUGGAUCCCGAGGAGGUGGAUGCUGCUGCUGAUGCUGCUGAUAAUCCCCCACAGACUGACUUCCAUUUCGGGGGUAGCAGCUCCGCUUUCCAGGGCCAGGAUUACUUCGCCCAGCAGUUCGAGCAGCUGAGGAUCCAGAACCAGCUGCUCCUCGAUCAGCAGAUGCAGUUCCAUCAGCAGUAUGCGGCCGACCAGGCCGAGUACCGGACCAGGAUGGAUGCUUAUGACGAGCGGCUGAACACGAUCUCGACUCAGCAGGGCGUGACUCUUGCCCACAUCGAGCGGGAGAAGCGCCGUUCCCGGCGCAUGCAGGAGGUUCAGCAGCACCUGCUCCAGCUGCUCCCGGGCAAGCCACCUGUCUGGAGGACUCCCUGGGAUGACUCCCCUCCACAUGACGGUGCUACUGGCGCUGCGGAUGAUGACGCGUUCAUGAACGACAUCGACCUCGACGAUCUUGGCGACGAGUAG